AUGACUCUUGCCUGGGUAGACCAAGAUGACGGUAAUGCAGAUUGGAUACCCCCAGAAGAAGGAUGCAAUAAAGUUAACACAGAUGCUGGACUCUUUGAAUCUAAAGGGUGUUAUAGUUUUUCCUGUGUGGCUCGUAAUCAUCAUGGUCAGUGGGUCGAAGCCAUUUUCCAGUGCAGAAGGGGCAAUGUCACUCCUGAGUUGGCCGAAGCUAUUGCCAUCAAGGAGGCGCUCAGCUGGAUCAAGGACUCGGGAUGGCAGAAGGUGACUCUUGAGUCCGAUUGUCUACUGGUUGUGCAAGCAUUGCGUAGUCCUUCUCAUCAUAGUUCAUACUUUGGUCGUAUCAUUGAUGUUUGUAAAAGUCUGCUUGCUUCUAUUAAACCAAGAGUUGUUAAUGUUAAGUUCAUUAAGCGUUCAGCUAACAAUGUAGCUCACUCUCUUGCUAGAUCUACUUGUUACCCCUUUGAACGUAAGAUGAGGGCUUUAGAAGCUCCGUCUGAACUUUCAGCUUUGUUGUUAAAGGAUAUUUGCUAUGAAUAA